UCCCUUUAAUGAAGUCUUUAUUAUUUUUAUUUCUCUUGGUGAUUCUUCUUCUGUGAUCAAACCCUGACGGAUACAGGAGUGAGUAAAAGCAACACAAUCAGGCCGAAUUGAUGUUUGUUCAUUUAUUCAUGGGAGGAAUGUGGAUUUGUUUCAACAAGCAAUGUGGAGCUAUAAGAAAUGUCUGCGGAGCUUCACAGAGGAGAUUCUUCCCCCUCCAAUCAUCAGAUAAGCACUUGAUCAGGGUCUCUCUUGAAAUAACAGCAUGGCUUUAAACCAAGAAGAGAUUUAAGGUGGAAAUGUCAUGUCAGUUGCAAGAAGUUGGAGAAGGUCUUUUGGAGUUUAAAUAUAUAAUUGAGGUAAUCGUAUUGAGCUGAGCACAUGGCUGCCUAGCUGGACCAAGCCCUCUUUGCAGCUGGGUGAGCCUAUGUGAGCAAGCUCUGACUGAUGGAAUGGGAGUGGAAGUAACGUGAGCAACUUCUGCUUUACUUGCUUAGAAGGAAAUCUCUGAGCUAAGCCCUUUCAUCCUUCCUCCUGGCUACACUGGUGAUACGUGCAGGAACCUUAGAUGCCACGUGCUGAAUAUGGCCAGUCUGCAUUAGUCUCAGUCACUGAAGGAUUGUGUGAAGGAAAGCCUCCUGCUGACCUGGAUUACCCACUUGGAUUGAACUUUGGACUUCCUGAGGCUUAAACAGCUUCUUAUGGGAUGAAGACAAGAAGGAGAAAUUGAAAGGACCAGCCUUAAAGGUUUUGUCAGGUACACAUCUAGAAUGGAGACUUGGAAGAUGUUUUGGGGAAUCGUCUUCCUUGCAGCUAGUUUUGGCUUCAUCGAGUCACAAAGGAUUGUCUGCAGGGAGGCCUCUGCGGGAGACGUCGUGUUUCUGGUGGACUCCAGCAUCAGCCCCCAAGAUGCCCGCAGUGUGAGGAACUUCUUGUACAUCCUAGUGAACAGCUUCAACGUCAGCAGAGAGACCGUCCGUGUGGGUCUGGCCCAGUACAGUGACGUGCCUCAUUCGGAGUUCCUGCUCUCCACCUACCACCGCCAAGGCAACGUGUUGAGACACAUUCAGCAGCUGCAAUUUAAGCCUGGGGGCAAGAAGAUGGGCCUGGCCCUGCAGUUCAUUCUAGAUCACCACUUCCAGGAAGCAGCAGGGAGCCGGGCAAGCCAAGGGGUGCCUCAGGUUGCCAUGGUGAUCAGCAGUGGCCCAGCUGAGGACCAUGUCCGUGGACCUGCCGAGGCAUUAAAGAGGGCAGGCGUCCUGCUUUAUGCCGUUGGCAUCAGAGAUGCAGUUUGGGCACAGCUCAGGGAGAUUGCCAGUAGUCCCCAGGAGAAUUUCACCUCCUUUAUUCCCAACUUCUCUGGGCUGGGCAGUCUCGCCCGGAAGCUGCGGCGUGAGCUCUGUGCUACUUUGGCAAAGGCAGCUCAAUCUGUUGACCACAUCUCUCCAGCUUGCAGAGAAGCAGCCCUGGCGGACAUUGUGUUCCUAGUGGACAGCUCAACCAGCAUCGGACCCCGGAACUUUCAGAAGGUUAAGAACUUCCUUUACUCCGUUGUCUUGGGGCUUGACAUCAGCAGUGACCAGGUCCGAGUGGGACUUGCCCAGUACAGUGACAGUAUCUACCCAGUCUUUCAGCUGAACCAAUACCCUCUGAAGAGCAUGGUCUUGGAGCAGAUCCAGAAUCUGCCCUACCGCACGGGAGGCACGAACACGGGGAGCGCCCUGGAAUUUAUCAGGACUAACUAUUUGACUGAAGCAGCUGGCAGCAGGGCCAAGGACAGAGUUCCUCAGAUAGUUAUCCUGGUGACAGAUGGGGAGUCAAAUGAUGAGGCCCAGGAAGCAGCUGAUCAGCUGAAAGAAGAUGGAGUUGUUGUGUAUGUGGUAGGAGUCAACGUCCAGGAUGUCCAGGAGUUGCAAAAAGUAGCCAGUGAGCCAUUUGAGCAGUUUCUCUUUAACACUGAAAACUUCAACAUCCUGCAGGAUUUCUCGGGAAGUAUUCUUCAGACUUUGUGCUCCGCGGUGGAGGGUAAAAUAAAAGAAUUCACCAAGACCUAUGCAGAUGUGGUCUUUCUUGCUGACACCUCGCAGGGCACAUCACGGGCCAGUUUCCAGUCCAUGUGGAAUUUCAUCUCCAGAGUGGUUGGCAUGCUGGAGGUCGGCAAGGAUAAGUACCAGAUUGGGCUGGCUCAGUAUGGUGAUCAAGGUCACACUGAGUUUUUGCUCAAUACCUACAAGACCCAGCAUGAGAUGAUCACUCACAUAAAUGAGCACUUUGUGCCUCGAGGUGGCUCUAGAAGGACAGGCAAAGCUCUGCGAUACCUUCAUCCGACCUUCUUCCAGGAGCAAGCAGGAAGCCGGUUUCUCCAGGGCAUUCCUCAGUAUGUGGUAGUCAUUACCUCGGGCAAAUCUGAGGAUGAGGUCCAGGAUGCUGCACAGAGAUUGAGGAAGAAAGGCGUGAAAGUCAUGUCUGUGGGUGUGCAGGACUUUGACAGGACAGAACUGGAAGGGAUGGGGGCCCCAGACCUUGUAUACGAGAUGCAGGGAGAAGACAGAGUCAGACAGGUAACACAGGAUGUGACUAUGGUAAUGCAAGGAACUGUAGAUCUGGGCUUCAGGAUUCAGGCUGUGGAGACUGUAGAAGCAUGUCCAACUGCUAUCCCAGCUGACUUAGUGUUCCUCAUUGAGGAAUUUAGCAGGGCUAGGCAAGCCAAUUUUCCACAAGUUGUCGAUUUCCUAAAGACCACUGUCAGCUCUCUAAGCAGUCGUCCUGAUGUUGUGAGAAUUGGCUUAGUCUUUUACAACGAGGAACCACAUCUUGAAUUUUCACUGGAUACAUUUCAGAGUCCAGCCACCAUCUUGGCACAUUUAAACAAAUUAACCUACCGGGGAAGAAGAGGAAGUACAAAGACUGGUGCUGCUUUAGAUUUCCUAAGGGAGGAGGUUUUCAUUCAGGAGAAGGGCAGCCGGUCCAGCCACGGUGUACAGCAGAUAGCUGUGGUCAUCACAGAAGGCUUCUCCCAAGAUGACGUGUCCAGACCUGCUUCUCGCUUUCGGAGGGCAGGGGUCACCAUCUACACAGUGGGUACCCAGCAUGCCUCAGACAGUAAGGACCUGGAGAAGAUAGCGUCGUAUCCUCCUGGGCAGCAUGCCAUCACCCUGGAAUCCUUUUUGCAACUCUCCGUAGUGGGAAGCAUGCUUACAGACCAGCUCUGCCCUGAGGCUGUGGGCAAAACAGCUUUUGUUCCUUCUGCCCCACAAGAAGGUUGUGUGCAUGUUGCAGACAUUUACUUCCUUAUUGAUGGGUCUGGCAGUAUCUACCCAGAAGAUUUUCUUGAAAUGAAGAUAUUCAUGAAUGAGGUGAUAAAGAUGUUCCAGAUCGGGCCUGACAAAGUACAGUUUGGAGUCAUUCAGUACUCAGAUCAAAUUAAAAGUAAAUUUAUCCUCAGCCAGUACCCCAAUGUGGCAGAGCUGAAGGAAGCCAUUGAUGACAUCCGGCAGGGGGGAGGGGGCACCAAAACGGGGGAGGCCUUGAAAAACAUGACUCAGGUCUUUGCAGACACUGCCCGAAUCAAUGUUAAUCGAUACCUCAUAGUCAUCACUGAUGGUAAAUCUUCGGACUCUGUGGUUGAGGCUGCAGAAGAAUUGAGGGGAAAUGGAAUCAUCAUUUACGCUGUUGGAAUAAAAAAUGCUAACACCAAGGAGCUUAAAGAAAUAGCUAAAGACAAGUAUUUUUUUGUGCAUGAGUUUGAUUUAUUGAAGGAUACGCAAAAAGAAUUAGUACAGCAGAUCUGCUCAGAGACCUGUAAGGAAGCUGACAUUAUCUUCUUGAUAGAUGGUUCAGAAUCCAUCUCCCCAGAAGAAUUUGAAAACAUGAAAGGAUUCAUGGAGAAAAUGGUGAACCAAUCUAAUAUUGGUGCUGAUAAAAUUCGGAUUGGCCUUUUGCAGUUCAGCUCAGCCCCCCAGGAAGAAUUCAGACUCAACCAGUACUCUUCAAGGAAGGACAUUUGCAGAGCCAUCUCGAAGGUUCAGCAGCUGAAUGAUGGCACCCGCACUGGGAAAGCCCUGAAUUUCACUCUGCCUUUUUUUGACAGUCAAAGAGGAGGGAGACCCAGUGUUCAUCAAUAUUUGAUUGUGAUCACCGAUGGGCUUGCCCAGGAUAAUGUAGCCAUACCAGCCAAAGCCCUCAGGGACAGAAACAUAAUUAUUUUUGCCAUUGGGGUGGGAGAAGCCAAAAAAUCUCAGCUUUGGGAGAUCACUAAUGACUGGGACAAAGUAUACCAUAAACAAAAUUUUCAGUCCCUGGAGAACCUGGAGAAGGACAUUCUUUAUAAGGCCUGCAAUCCUGAAGGAUGCAACAUAGAUUUGUUUAUAGGACUUGAUAUCUCAACUCCUUCAAAUCAAGUUCAGCAGAAGCUUCAAAGGUUACUGCCAGGGGUGAUAGAACAGUUGGCCUUGCUUCCUAACAUCAGUUGUGUCAUUCCUGAUCAGAUCAACCCGAGGUUCCGCUACUUGGUUCCUGGCCCAAAUGGCCAGCUUAUCUUUGACUCAGACUUUGAGAAAUACAGUGAUGAGCUCAUCCAGAAGUUCCUGGCCAAGAAUAGCUAUAUGAAUGUGAAUUUUCUGAAGUCCCUGGGAGAGAAUGCUCUCCAUUCCUCUUCUGCUAAAGUGAAGGUCAUUUUAGUGUUUACAGAUGGGCUGGAUGAUGAUUUAGAGAAACUGAAGGAAACGUCGGAGCUUCUGCGCAAGGACGGAUUGUCUGGACUUCUAAUAAUUGGCCUGGAAGGUGUGCAUAAGUUAGAAGAGCUCCAGGAGCUAGAAUUUGGCAGAGGGUUUGCAUAUAAGCAACCUUUGAGCAUCAAACUACAAUCCCUCCCGAACGUCUUACUGAAGCAAGGAGAAAGAGGCCCUCAGGGUCUUCCUGGACUCCGAGGUGAGGAAGGAUGCCCGGGUAUGAGGGGACCUCCGGGAGCAAGAGGAUUUUCAGGAGAGAAGGGCAACCCUGGUGAGGAAGGUGUGGAUGGCUUGGAUGGAGAACAGGGUAGUUAUGGAGUUCCAGGGUCAUCUGGAGAAAAAGGAAAUAGAGGAAAUCAGGGCUUGCCGGGACUGCCAGGACCACCUGGAGAGAGCGGAGAGCCCGGGUUAAGGGGAGAUCCUGGUGAACCUGGAUUCCCUGGCUAUCUUGGUGCACAAGGAGAAGAUGGUGACCCAGGACACGAAGGAAAGAAGGGAGCAAAAGGAGUCAGAGGGAAGAGGGGUAAUGCUGGCUUUCCUGGAUUUGCUGGAACUCCAGGUGACCAAGGCCCACCGGGACAAACGGGCAUCAAAGGUCCCAAAGGUUUGGCAGAUAUGACGCCUUGCAAAAUUGUUGAUUUCAUGCGAGAAAACUGCCCUUGUGCAAAAGGUAUUUCCAAAUGUCCAGCGUUCCCGACUGAAGUAGUCUUUGCCUUGGACAUGUCAAAGGACGUCUCCCAGCUGGAUUUUGAGAGGAUGAGAGGCAUUUUAUUAUCUCUGUUGAUGAAGAUGGAAAUAAGUGAGAGUAACUGCCCAACAGGUGCCCGAGUGGCCAUCGUUUCCUACAAUACCAAAACAGAUUACCUGGUUCGUUUCUCAGACUACAAGAGGCAGCGUGCACUCCUGGAAGUUGUCAGGAAAAUCCCCCUGGAGCGGUCAUUGGGCCGCAGGAACCUCGGGGCCACCAUGAUGUUUGUGGCGAGACACGUGUUCAAACGUGUGCGCUCGGGCCUUCUCAUGAGGAAGGUGGCUGUGUUCUUCCAGGCAGGCUGGGCCUAUGAUGCAGCCUCCAUCAGCAUGGCUACACUGGAGCUUGGUGCAGGGGACAUCAUCCCUGUGGUCAUCACCUUUGUGGAAGAGCACAACCUCCCAGAUGCCCUGCUGAUGGAUGACAGAUUUCACUUGUUCACCUGGGAGACGGAGCACCAGCAGGAUGUGGACCGCAUGGCUCGCUGCACUGUCUGCUACGACGAGUGCCGCCCAGCUCCGGAAUGCGGCUCGGCCUGGCCGCGGGCGGCGGACGUGGACUUGGCGUUGGUGGUGGACGGCUCCCGGGGCGUGCGCGCCGCCGUGUACCGCGGAGCUCUGGGUCUGGUGGACGCCGUGCUAGACGACCUGGAGGUGGCCGCAGAGCCAGGCGCGUCGCCUGGUGGGGCGCGCGUGGCCCUGGUGACGCACACGACGCCGGGCUUCUGGCCGGGCGGGGGUCGCUCACCUGUGCUUGAGGGCUUCCACUUGACCUCCUAUGGUCAACGGACGCAGAUGCAGAGACGUGUCCGUGAGGCCGCCGGCCGCCCCCCGCAGGGAGCCCCCGCCCUGGGCCACGCUCUGGAGUGGACGCUGGAAAAGGUGCUCCUGGCAGCCCCUCUGCCGCGGAGGGCACAGGUUCUCUUUGCCAUCGUGGCCAGCGAGACGAGCAGCUGGGACAGGGAGAAGCUAAGGACCGUGUCUCUGGAUGCCAAAUGCAAGGGCCUCACCUUGUUUGUGCUGGCCGUGGGCCCCAGCGUGGGGGCCCGUGAGCUGGCCGAGCUGGCCCAGGUGGCCAGUGCCCCUUCCGAGCAGCACCUGCUGCGCCUAGAAGGGGUCUCAGAGCCGGAGGUAGUCUAUGCCCGGGGAUUCACGCGAGCUUUCCUGAACCUCCUAAAAAGUGGAACAAACCAGCACCCACCCCCAGAGCUUACUGCAGAAUGUGAGGGCCGAAACCGUGGGGACACUCUGCGGCAAUCAGGCAUGCCUAUCGAAAGGUCACCCAAUCGCCAAUUUGGUGUGUCUGGCAUUGCUGAUGAUUUGGAAGCACUUGAAGCAACAGACAUUUUUCUAGAAGAGAAGAGAAGAGGCAUGACAACACCUACAACUCCGCAAGAAGCGCUUGAAAAUUAUGAAAAUGACGAAUAUGACAUUGAAAAAAAUGAACAAGAAACACCAGCAAGACAAAAAGACACUAGAAAAGAAAGAAAUUUAGGCACUGCCUAUGGUCCUUGUUCCAUGGAUCCAAUGGAAGGCGAGUGCCAGGACUACACCCUGAAGUGGUACUACAACAGGGAAGAGCGGGCUUGCCAGCAGUUCUGGUACGGCAGCUGUGGGGGCAAUGCCAACCGCUUUGAAACCAGGGAAGAAUGUGAGGCUCAGUGUGACCCAACAUCCCUACAGAGUUAGGCAGAGCCUUGUUACUGUGGCUGCCCUUAUAAUAGCUGAUGAAACUGAGAUUGUACUUGCUGAAGCAGGGCCACACAGCUCCUAAGUGAUAGAGCCCACUCUACAACCUUAGACAUCAGAUUCCUAACCCCCUGAAUUGUCUUCCUGCCAGCAAGGGCUUAGGCCCGGAUUAUUUGUGACUUGAGGACUGAAUUCUAAUAGUUACAAGAGGUAACCAAAACUUUCCUAAAACUUAUUUAAAUGAAUUAGAACUGAAUGAAAAGGAAGCUUGAACUUGACCUGUGACAUUACUUUAAAAUUUUGUGGUGCUACAUAGCAAAAGAAAGAUCAAUGUAAGCAGUGAGCAAAACCUAAUUCAGAAAUGAAUUGAAACUUGGUUUGUUUUUUCCAGCAGAGAAUAGGGGAAGUAUUAGUCAAAGAGAGGGCCCAGAAAAAGGGACAUCUAAUGUGAACUUUAUCCUUUCUACCUAAUGUAGGUACAUAAAUAAAGAUAUUCUUUGUUAAA